CGCGCCUGCACACCACCGGUCCGCCGCCGCUAUACGCCCAAUUUCUUUUUAAUUGAACCUUUUUACUCCCGCUCGGCAGUGCUGCAGGACUAGGAUGACUGGGAAGACCCAGACCAGCAACGUGACCAACAAGAAUGACCCGCGCUCAAUCAACUCCCGCGUCUUCAUCGGCAACCUCAACACGGCCGUGGUAACCAAGGGCGACAUCGAGACCAUCUUUGCCAAAUACGGCAAGAUCGUGGGCUGCUCGGUGCACAAGGGCUUCGCCUUCGUUCAGUACGUCAGCGAGAGGAACGCCAGGGUGGCCGUGGCCCGGGAGAACACCAGGGUCCUCGCCGGGCAGUCCCUAGAUAUCAACAUGGCAGGAGAGCCAAAACCAUACAGGCCUAAGAUAGGCUCCAAGAGGCCUCUGUCGUCCCUCUACAGUGGCUAUGAGUUUGACUAUGACUACUACAGAGACGAUUUCUACAGCAGACUCUUUGAGUACCACGGUCGCGUCGUGCCCCCGACCCGUGCUGUGAUCCCCAUCAAACGUUCGCGGCUAGUCGUCCCGUCCACACGCAGAGCCAAAUCCUCCUUUCCAGUCGGGGCCUGUUCCUCCUCCUCCUCCUCUUCUUCCUCCCGAGCGCACAAUGCCGGCUCUUCCGUUGCAGUCCCUAAACUGAAGACGGACCAGCUCCUAACAAUCAAGAAGGAGCUGUCGCAGAUCAAGACCAAGAUCGACUCGCUGCUUGGAAGGCUGGAUAGGAUUGAGAGGCAACAUCGCUCUGACGGCGACAUGCAGAGGAAACAAGAGGAGAUGUGUGAGCGUCUCCAUGGUGACACAACAGACCACUCGGGUGGAGAGGAGGCGGAGGGGACCGCCGAGGUUGAAGCAGGAGAGAUGACGGACGGCGGAGAAGAUGACUUUGAAGACGAAGGUGCCAGCGACAUGUUGGGGAAAAAGGAAACCUCCAUGAGAAGAAGAGGGAAGAACAGAUGCCAGCAAAACCUUCUUGAUCAAGAAGAUGUAUUUUAAAUUUAAGGAAAGCGAUGACGGGAGUGCCUGAAAGCAGAGGAAGAGUUUUUCAAACAUUUUUUUUUGCUUGUUUGCCUCAUUCAAACAUGGCACUUCAUCUAAACGCCGAUUAUGAAUAUUCUCCAGUUGACUGCAAGAUCAUCUGCAAAGAGCAAUCUAUAAUUCCCCUCCAACCUGAUUGCCUUUCUGGAAAGUAAGGACGAUAUAUUGUGUUGCUUAUAUAUUAUGGUCUGUAUUGUGCAUACAAAUACAGUUACGUUAUCACUCAGUUGAACCAAGAAAACACACUCCUUUAUUGUAAUGUUUGUUCUGUUUCUGUGCAUUGAAAACUGAGAUAAGACCUGAUAAUGAUGUGAUUUUGCUUUAUUUGUACAUUUAACUGAAAUGUAAUUUAUUCAUAAUGUCUCAACGCAGUGUUGUAUGUAUCAUGUUUGUCAUUUGUCAUACAUAAGAUGCAUUUUUAUUAUGUUUAUGUUUGACAAACAACUUUUUUUUACUAUCAGCAUGUUAAAAAAUGUGGCUAUUAUUAUGGAUCAUUUGUAUUCAUUGUGUCUGUUGUACAGCUAUAAAUUAUAGCAUUUAUUGAAAUAAACCCAUUCCUCC